AUGGCUGAAAUAACUUUUCCGACUGUUGAGGAUUGCGCGUCAAUGGGGCGUGCAAAGGAGACAGUUGUCGCAGACAUGGAUGGAACCUUGCUUAUAGGGAGAAGCUCAUUUCCUUAUUUUGCUUUAGUUGCCUUUGAGGUUGGAGGGAUUUUAAGGCUUCUAUUCUUGCUUUUAGCUUCACCGUUAGCCGGUUUGCUUUAUUAUUUCGUGAGCGAAUCAGCAGGAAUCCAAGUUCUCAUCUUUGCAACGUUUGCAGGGAUGAGGGUUUCGGAUAUUGAAUCCGUGGCACGUGCUGUUUUGCCUAAGUUUUACUCGAGUGAUCUUCAUCCCGCGUCAUGGCGUGUUUUUUCUUCGUGUGGGAAACGCUGCGUGCUCACUGCGAAUCCCAGGAUUAUGGUGGAAGCAUUCUUGAAAGAUUUCUUGGGUGCUGAUAUAGUUUUAGGGACUGAGAUUUCAACAUACAAAGGGAGGGCCACCGGAUUUGUUAAGAAGCCUGGAGUUUUAGUUGGGAAGAAUAAAAGCUAUGCUCUUAAGAAGGCUUUUGGAAAGACAAAACCAGAGAUUGGAUUGGGUGAUAGACACACUGAUUUUCCCUUCAUGAAUUUGUGCAAGGAGGGUUACAUUGUACCACCCAAACCAGAGGUAAAGGCUGUAACAGUUGACAAGCUUCCUAAGCCCAUCAUUUUCCAUGACGGCCGCCUCGUACAGAAGCCGACGCCGUUGAUGGCUCUAAUAAUCAUUCUCUGGAUUCCGGUAGGCUUCCUCCUUGCUUGCCUCCGUAUUGCUGCCGGGUCGCUACUCCCAAUGCGUAUGGUAUACUACGCUUUCUGGGCACUCGGCGUUCGUGUCACCGUUAAAGGCACCCCUCCGCCGCCUGUUAAGAAAUCUAGUGGCAAAUCCGGUGUUCUCUUCAUUUGCUCCCACAGAACCCUCCUUGACCCAAUAUUCCUCUCUACCGCCCUUGGUCGCCCCAUCCCUGCCGUCACUUACUCCGUCUCCCGUCUUUCUGAGAUCAUCUCGCCAAUUAAGACCGUCAGACUUUCUCGGGACCGUGCCACCGACGCAUCCAUGAUCAAGAAACUGCUAGAGGAAGGUGACCUAGCCAUAUGUCCAGAAGGAACCACCUGUCGGGAACCUUUCCUUCUCCGAUUUUCGUCAUUGUUCGCUGAACUAACCGAUGAACUCGUACCGGUGGCGAUGGUGAACCGGAUGAGCAUGUUUCAUGGAACCACAGCUCGAGGUUGGAAAGGGAUGGACCCAUUUUACUUCUUCAUGAACCCUAGUCCAGCAUACGAAGUGACAUUCUUGAAUAAGCUUCCUAAAGAAUUGACAUGCGGUUUGGGAAAAUCUAGUCAUGAAGUUGCAAAUUACAUUCAGAGGGUUAUAGCUGCAACUCUUUCCUACGAGUGCACCAACUUCACAAGGAAAGAUAAAUACAGAGCACUUGCUGGAAAUGAUGGCACCGUUGUGGAGAAACCUCAGAUUAAACCGAACAAAGUAAUGGGCUGCUAA